AUGCAGUCCCUGCUGCCGGUCGCCCUCCUCCUUCCCUUACUGCUCGUCCCCUUGGCGCUCCUGGCGAGGAGGCGCCGCGGCCGGCGGACACCUCCCCUCAGGCUCCUGGUGGUGGCCGGCUCCGGUGGGCACACAACAGAAAUCCUGAGGUUACUUAGCUGUUUGUCAGAGUCAUACUCUCCUAGACAUUAUAUUUUUGCAGACUCAGAUAAGAUGAGUGAAGCUAAAAUACGUUCUUUUGAGCAAAAAAGGGCUGAAACAUUCUCCAAUUCCCAGUUCACCCUUGAUCGAAUUCCCAGAAGCCGUGAGGUUAGACAAUCUUGGACCUCCUCUGUGGUAACAACCCUGUACUCCCUACUUUACUCCCUUCCUUUGACCUACAGACUGAAACCAGAUUUGAUAUUGUGCAAUGGACCAGGAACAUGUGUUCCUGUCUGCAUAUCUGCUCUUCUUCUUCGGCUUCUAGGAAUAAAGAGAGCAAUCAUUGUAUAUGUAGAGAGCAUCUGCCGCGUGGAAACUUUAUCCCUGUCUGGAAAGAUUCUUUACUACUUUUCUGAUUAUUUCAUCGUUCAGUGGCCUGAUCUAAAGGAAAAAUAUCCCAAGUCAGUAUAUCUUGGUCGAAUAGUGUAACAACAGAAGACAAGCUUUACCUAAAAUAAACUCUGCAAACUCCUCACUGAAGAAAUGCACUGAUGUAGUGAUUUAUUUUCAAGGAUUCCUGUUAAGAAAUAAGGCUGGUACUGGAAAAGGAGACAAUAAUAAAGAUAUCUCUACAUUUAAGUACAUUUUUGUGUAGUUAUAUUUAUUGCCUUUGUGUAGGUCUGUUCACCAGUACCCCAUAAUGGCCUUAAGUCUAUGCUGUCUCUGUUUUCAUGUAGUUUUCCUGCUGUGUGAAUGGCAAUUUUUGUCUGCAAAUAAAUAUGGGAAUUUGUAUGAAUGUAACAUUUCCUGUAAGGAAACUUUUUGUAGUUUUCUAAAUUGUAAGAAACAAA